AUGGCUGAAAAGCCCUCUGUCCUGAUAGUCGGCGGGCUAGGCUAUAUUGGACGCUUUCUCGCUUUGCAUAUUCAGAAGAAUGGAUUGGCGUCAGAGAUGCGUAUCGUCGACAAGAUGCUCCCACAGCUGGCUUGGCUUGCCCCCGAGUUCAACGAAGCAUGUUCGAAGGAAAACUUUAUGCAGGCCGAUGCAAGCAAAGAUCAAUCUCUGCCGCGCAUCUUCACUCGCUCAAACGGAAAGGAGUGGGAUUAUGUCUUCAAUUGUGGAGGAGAGACACGCAAUUCUCAGGAAGACGAGGUAUAUAAAGUCCGAUCGCUGGCGUUGAGCAUCGCGCUGGGGAAAGAGGCCGCGAAACGAGGCGUGAAAGCGUUUGUAGAGCUAUCGACAGGGAUGGUAUACAAACCGGACUCUCAGCCUAGUAAGGAGGGCGACAAAUUGAAGCCUUGGAGUAAAAUUGCUGUUUUUAAGCUACAAGCAGAGGAAGCUCUGGCAAAAAUCGAGGGACUUAAUCUCAUAAUUGUUCGUCUUGCACAUGUAUAUGGAGACUAUACUUCUCAAUUUGUUGCUACGGCUCUGUCGAUGGCUCGUGUCUAUCAGCACCAUGAAGAGGAAAUGAAAUGGCUUUGGACAAAAGAUCUCCGCGUGAACACUGUUCACAUUUCCGACGUCGCGCGCGGGCUGUUUGAUAUCGCAGAUUGGUAUUCGGUCAGAGGAAAGCCAAAUUGGGAUGAAAAGACUAUGGGUAAAAUACCAACCUUCAAUAUGGUGGAUCACGGCCAAACAUCGCAAGGCACAAUGGCUGAAAUCAUUGGCCAAUUAUUCGGCAUCAAGACUGGGUUUCAGGGGCAGUUGAUCAGUACUUUUGCGAGACUGAACAUGGAUAGCGUUGUUGACGACGUCAAUGAUGAUCUCCUGGGCCCUUGGGCUGGACUACUCGAGGACGCGGGAAUCACACGACCAGGACCAUUAACGCCCUUCAUGGAAAAGGAGUUGCUGAAAGAUACCGACCUGAGCAUGGACGGGAGUAGACUUGAGAAAGUUGUCGGCUUCAAAUACGACAAGCCACAAAUCACGAAAGAGUUGGUGCAAGAAACAAUCGACAGCUACAUACGAAUAGGCUGGUGGCCAGAGGCCAAAAAGUCCUGA